AUGAGCAAGCUGAAUGUGAUAACAAUACAUGACCCAAUAAGGGUUACAACUCUUGAACAAUUUCAUUCAUUACUGUUUGUUAACCUAUACAGUUACAUCUACUUUUCUGAUAAUGGCCUGAAGGCAAUCGAACGGUUCCCUGCCGGGGAAAAAAAAAGGCAAACGGUUAUUUCCGAAGAAGACGUUAAUGGGAUUUCAUUUAAUAGAACAGGAUGUAGGCUGAUAUGGACAAAUAAAGAAGCUGGUAAAAUUCGCUCCAGUACUGUUUUGGGAAAGAACAUAACUACUAUUGUUGGUCCUCCCAAGAACACACUGUUUAAAAAUCCAACAGAUACAGCGGUGUUUGGUGAUUACCUAUUUGUUGUCUCACAAAAUGAAAACAAACUGGUUAGAAUUUCGAAGGACAAACAUACGAUUAAAUCAUCGACUGUUGGAAAUGCAGUUCUUAAAAAUCCUGGAAGGAUUAUAAUCCAAAAAGUCAACAGUGUGGAAGACAACAAAUGUAGUAAAGGCACGUUUGAUGAUUUACCACAAACAGGAAAACGAAAAAUGAGUUCUUUACAACGACUCAUGGGAUGGACGCAAAGCGCAAACUCGGAGUAUCAGCCACAAUGUCAAAUUUUGGAACCAGGUCAGAAUGUCCCGGUCAAAUAUUUGAACCAUGCAGUUGGGACGGUCUCAAAAACAUUCAUGACAUCGGACUGGUUGCCCGUUUAUAGUAACGCGACAAUUCAUUUUAGUGUUCAUGUUAAUUCUACUGAAAUUUGGGAUGAGAUUUGUAGCACUUCAAUGAUUUGGAAUUUCGCUUACGAAAAGAAAAUAAAAAAAAGAUAUAUUGAGUUCUCAUCUGCUGGUUGUGUAACAGACACUACAAAUUUCACUGCUAAUGGCGUGGUUUGUCAUUGUGAAGAAGGACGUACAUUCAUAUUGCUUAAUGAAAGUCCGCCAGUUGUAAGUUAA